UUAGCCUUGAGCAAACGCGUUGCGCUGCGCAACCCACAACAAACACAGGCUAAACUCAGGCCACAGCUCCUCGAGAUCUAUAAUCACAUUCAAUAACGCAUGCGCUUGAAACCUGGUGUCUCUAGGGCAGUAAAUUUAUUAUUGAGAUAAUACAAUAAUACACAUCAGGAUGUCAAGCUAUUUCGAUCCGACAGCAUUCAUUCCGGAUCCCUCUUCAUUUUAUCAUGAGAGAAGCUCAUGGGAAAUGAACCGAUAUAGGGGCCCAGAGGAUGGUUACGUUACGGAGAGCGAAGAAGAGGUCCUUUACAGUUUGGACGAAGUAGCUAUGGCCGCGCUACCGCUCCGUUUGCAAGAAAACAUGCGCGAGUUACAUCUUGAACGCGUGCAAAGAUUAAAGAGAGAGAAAAGCAACACUCCAUCCUACAAGACAUACCAUGCAACAUCGCCGGUGAUUUGGUACAAAGAUUCUAUAGCCACUAUGGAAGCAAACCAGGACAGGGAGAAGAGUGGUCGCGGAGGUUUGCCAAGUUCAAGCUCGGAGCAAGCUGAUUGGUAUCUGUGGCAGAGCAUGCGUGAGAUGGAUGAUAUAAGGAAUAUGGAGCGUGACACUAUGGCGGUGGCAGGUCCUUAUUCCCACAGCUCGAGUGCGCACCUCAAUCUGGGCAACAAUCUGUUCUCGAAGCAUUCAACAUCAACGGAAGAGGAUAUUGAAGCCGGAUAUGCUGGCAACCGACAGUCUCGCAGCAAAUACAUAUCACAUCUGACAGGCACAAAAGCCCGCGCAUGUGUAGUUCACGCAGUCGAACACAUCGAAGCGCCUCAUGAAGGCCCAUAUGUGCAUGGGCGGUUUCGCCAGAGAGGCUCGUCAAUGAUCUCCGCUAUGCGUGGCCGCGUACGAAAGAGUAUCCACAGAAUGAGCAAGGCGUUCAAGAAACAGUCUAGUUUCCAAGGUCAUAAUCGAGCAUGCGAAACCUUUGUUUCGAGUUGAUACAUGGCAGAGCCAUACUCAACAAGACUGUUACGGAGAUAACGAUGAUCACCAGAGUUAUGACAGGAGAUAGUUACGGGAUGGCUGGACACAUCCCCAGGGAGCAAUGAUGUGGAUGUCACGUAAACAAGCAAGCAAGUGCAGAUAUUUCAGGUCGUCUAGGCUGUUGUACGAGUAGUACAUACAAUAAAAGUGUUUGGAUUUGAUAGGAGUGGAUUUAAUCAGGAGAAAGGUAGACUAAGC